GUGCUGUACUCAACAUCUGCAAAAAAGGAGGGCUUCCAGAGCGUGACAAACCAACAUCAACGGGAUAUAUUUUUGCUUUAGAUGAGAAAUAUACCGAGAAGCAUCGUGAUGAAGCUAUCCGAGAGCAAAUCCGACACAUCCAUCAUCACCAAUCUGUACAAAUCAAUCAAUCACAACUACCGAAGGUUAUCCAACACUAGCAGCGUGCUGCACCGUAUUCCGGAAAUGGAAAUUGGCUUCAUGAACAUCAGCGAUGAAUACGACAUCGAAAAAACCAUCGCAGAGGGUUGCUUUGCGAAGGUGCUCUUAGCUCACCACCGACCAACCGGGACCACAGUCGUACUCAAAGCAAUACACACGGAGCUGACGACGCUGAAGGAAUUCAUCAAAGAGUUCCACUACAACUACCAGCUCAGUCACCAUCCGAACAUUCUUAGCUGCUAUCAGGUUAAGUUUCAAACGAACGAGUACUAUGUCUAUGCUCAAGAGCACGCUCCCUUCGGGGAUCUGGCAGGUAACGUCGGUGCCAACGGUUUGCAGGAGACAAGCUGCAAAAAGAUUGCCGAACAACUCAGUUCUGCGCUGGGUUUUAUGCAUCUCAAAGGACUGGUUCACCGUGACCUGAAACUGGAGAACAUCCUGGUAUUCACACCGGAUUUCUCCCGAAUAAAGCUAUGCGAUUUCGGAACGACCACCCGCGAGGGCAUUCUAGUUAGUAAGAACAAUAAAACAUGGAUAUCAUUCCUACCACCAGAAGUAUUAGAGGUUGUGAAAAAUGAACGAUUCAUCUGCAAAUCGUCUGCCGACUCGUGGCAGUUCGGAAUUAUUAUGUACGUUUGUCUGAUAGGUUCGACACCAUGGAAAUCAGCAGAUUGGGUUCGCGACGGUAAAUACGCCGCUUUUAUGAAAUAUCAGAAACGCGAGACUACCAAAAUUCCGGAAAAUUUUCGGCGAUUUACUCCUCGUUUGUUGCGAGCAUUCCGUCGAAUAUUUGACCACAACGAGGAGGAUCGUGCUAAAGUGAGUGAUAUCAUGAAGUACAUGAAAAACAAGUGGCUAGAUAAUAAGAUAACCACAUCCAAAUCCACCUCUAACAUUGCAAGCAAUAUCCUACAACAACCGUCUUCCGAUCAAGAUUCGAUCAAAUACAUCAACCAUCGGGAAAGUCGUAACUCUUUCGACGGUCGCCUCCGAGCGCGGAGAAUGACAAGCGUCGGAGGCCUUACGCCAGAACCGACACCAACGUUCGGUGCCGAUCAGGAGUCGACACGAAAUAAGGUACUCGAAUGGUUGGAAACUAAUGACCUUAAUCGCCAUGACAGUAUGGACGACAUGAAAGAAUUUUCCUCCUGGAAUAAAAACGAGAUGAGGUCAAAGUCCUACCAGUACUCGAAACAUGAAUCAAUAGUCGGAUCGGCCUCCAUGAUGAACUCGUUGACAAUGGCGACGACAACGACGACGGUGACAACCGCGACAACGAGGGAAGCUGGCAGCAUACGCAGCCGGCACCGAUAUAAAUAG